CAACCGAGACAUUUAUUUCCUCCAAAUACCUGAAGGCAACAUAAUUUCUGCUACAAACAGGCUUUCGUCGGUAUUUCAACUUCAUUAUUGACACUAUUUUGACACUAUUUUUUUUACUAUUUUCUCACACGUAAACAUGGUUAGAGAGUGCAAACAAAUGGCAUGAUCAAAUUUAUAAAAUCUCUCUUUAAUAUUAAUUGCAAAUUAUUUAACGAGAACAUAUUUCUUAUCUAGCAAACUGAAUCCGUUAGCAGUGGUUAGCUUACUUCCGCUAACGCUAACAAGCUGUAGCUGAAGAAAUACUUUUAUUUGAAGAUGGACAAGUUUGUCGUUCGGCUCCCCAAGGGAGAAACACCCAACCAACCGAAGAGCGGCGAGCGAGUUUACAGACAAGCUACAAUUGAGUCUCUACGGAGGGUAGUUGUGAUUGAGGACAUCCUACGUUACAAGUCGACGCUAGAACUGCCAGAUCAGAGCAAGGAGAACCUGAUAGACGCCCUGACUGAGCUGAGCAAGAAGAUCCCAUCCAAAGAAGUGCUCAGGUCCACUAAAAUAGGUCACACUGUCAACAAAGUACGGAAGCAUCCAGACCCUGAGGUGAGUUCUCUGGCAGCAAAAGUUUACACUGACUGGAGGACUUUCAUUGAGGAGAAUUCAAAUAAGCCGUCUAUUGAAGUGCGCUCUGACAAACAGUCUGAAGGGCUCAGGAGCAACGCUCGGAGAAUGCUGUCUGAAGCACUGGAGGUCAAGGAGGACUGUGGUCUGAUAGACAACAUAGAGAGAGAAGUUUUCCACCAGAGCUCCCGGUUAGUCAGCAGCUCAUACAGACGGACAAUCAGGGCGCUGGUGUUCGCCUUCAAACACAACCCUGACGUUAGGAGUGAAGUAAAGGACGGCAAAAUAUCAGUCAGCCAGCUGGUUUUGAAGUACAAAAAAUAAGUGACUACAAGUUGGACUGUGACUCUGACCUCUUAUGGAAGAGAUUUUAAUGCCUGUGAAUUUUUUUCUAUUUUAUUUUUAGUCUUUAAUCGUGUUCUCUGUUGGCUGAGAAAAUACAGAAUAUUUUUGUACUUUGAGGCACACCAAUAAAUGUACGCUGUUUAAUGAGUAAAUGCUCUAAUUUUAAUAAGGUUUUGUAAAACCUUACAAAACCUUACAAGCAUACCUCCACUUACACGAUACUGUACCAUAUGUCAUUAAUUUUGUUUUAAAACUGACUGAAAAAAAUGUCAAUUAAAUACAAAAUUCAUUAAUGAAA